GCAUAAGCACCUGCAGGAGAUGGGGAUGUGGGGUCAACUCAGGUCCCUCCAAGGACACUGAGAAAAGGUCCAAAUGCCCUGGGGAGAGAGGUGUGUUCCUGAGCCCAGGAACGGGGCAGCUGCGUCCUACGGAGCUUGGGGAGAGGCCACAUCUCAAUGGAAAGUGCUCCUGCCCAGAGAAGCUGACCCCUGUCUCCCUACCCACCUCCACACCCUAGAGCUAUAUUGAGAGUCAUAACAGGAACAGCCUGCUGAAGACCUGACACCUACAGCCUCUGAGAGGUGGCAGCAUUGGAGGAUGGGGAGCAAAGCCUUGAGGACUUGGGGUGCUUGGGGACACCCACAAAGAAGGGCAUGAGCAGAGAGUGGCAGGGGAGGGCAAAAGCCUAUGUGUGCAAAUGUGGACGUGCAAAUGUGUGCAUCCGUGUACACAAAAGAAAGUAGAAAAGAAAUCUGCAAGCUUGAGUGGAGGAGCGCCAAGAUGACUGAUGCCCAGAUGGCUGACUUUGGGGCAGCGGCCCAGUACCUCCGCAAGUCAGAGAAGGAGCGUCUAGAGGCCCAGACCCGGCCCUUUGACAUUCGCACUGAGUGUUUCGUGCCGGACGACAAGGAAGAGUUUGUCAAAGCCAAGAUUGUGUCCCGGGAAGGGGGCAAGGUCACUGCUGAAACCGAGAAUGGGAAGACGGUGACUGUGAAGGAGGACCAGGUGUUGCAGCAGAACCCACCCAAGUUCGACAAGAUCGAGGACAUGGCCAUGCUGACCUUCCUGCACGAGCCCGCGGUGCUUUUCAACCUCAAGGAGCGCUACGCGGCCUGGAUGAUAUAUACCUACUCGGGCCUCUUCUGUGUCACCGUCAACCCCUACAAGUGGCUGCCGGUGUACAAUGCUGAGGUGGUGGCCGCCUACCGGGGCAAGAAGAGGAGUGAGGCCCCGCCCCACAUCUUCUCCAUCUCCGACAACGCCUAUCAGUACAUGCUGACAGAUCGGGAGAACCAGUCCAUCCUCAUCACGGGAGAAUCCGGGGCGGGGAAGACUGUGAACACCAAGCGUGUCAUCCAGUACUUUGCCAGCAUUGCAGCCAUAGGUGACCGUGGCAAGAAGGACAAUGCCAAUGCGAACAAGGGCACCCUGGAGGACCAGAUCAUCCAGGCCAAUCCCGCUCUGGAGGCCUUCGGCAACGCCAAGACUGUCCGGAACGACAACUCCUCCCGCUUCGGGAAAUUCAUUAGGAUCCACUUUGGGGCCACUGGAAAGCUGGCUUCUGCGGACAUAGAGACCUACCUGCUGGAGAAGUCCCGGGUGAUCUUCCAGCUGAAAGCUGAGAGAAACUACCACAUCUUCUACCAGAUUCUGUCCAACAAGAAGCCGGAGUUGCUGGACAUGCUGCUGGUCACCAACAACCCCUACGACUACGCCUUCGUGUCUCAGGGAGAGGUGUCCGUGGCCUCCAUUGAUGACUCCGAGGAGCUCAUGGCCACCGAUAGCGCCUUUGACGUGCUGGGCUUCACUUCAGAGGAGAAAGCUGGCGUCUACAAGCUGACGGGAGCCAUCAUGCACUACGGGAACAUGAAGUUCAAGCAGAAGCAGCGGGAGGAGCAGGCGGAGCCAGAUGGCACUGAAGAUGCUGACAAGUCGGCCUACCUCAUGGGGCUGAACUCAGCUGACCUGCUCAAAGGGCUGUGCCACCCUCGGGUGAAAGUGGGCAACGAGUACGUCACCAAGGGGCAGAGCGUGCAGCAGGUGUACUACUCCAUCGGGGCACUGGCCAAGGCAGUGUAUGAGAAGAUGUUCAACUGG